AUGUCUGGACGCGGCAAACAAGGAGGGAAGGUUCGGGCUAAGGCAAAGACCCGCUCAUCCCGGGCAGGACUCCAGUUCCCUGUCGGUCGUGUGCACAGACUUCUCCGCAAAGGGAACUAUGCAGAGAGGGUGGGCGCCGGUGCUCCGGUCUACCUGGCCGCUGUGCUGGAGUAUUUAACCGCUGAGAUCCUGGAAUUGGCCGGUAAUGCCGCCCGGGACAACAAGAAGACCCGCAUCAUCCCCCGUCACCUGCAGCUGGCCGUGCGCAAUGACGAGGAGCUGAACAAGCUGCUGGGUGGGGUGACCAUCGCCCAGGGAGGCGUCCUGCCCAACAUCCAGGCCGUGCUGCUGCCCAAGAAGACCGAGAGCAGCAAAGCGGCCAAGAGCAAGUGAUCACCGCUUAUCCCAGAUCAUCCCGAACACCAAAGGCUCUUCUAAGAGCCACCACAUUGUCUCCUACAGAGCUGUCUCCUCUAUAUCUCAUGCAGUCUUUCCUAUAUCUAAUCUGUUCAUCUGUGAUCUCUUUGUGCAGGAUCUGGUGUGAGUUUGCCGGGUAUAUGAAGCUGUAGUUUUGUCUGGUGGUUUCUCCCAUUCACACUGGGACAUUAUGUAGCUGA